CUCUUCCUGCGCGGCUACCUGCUGCACACGCACCGCCUCCAGCUAAUGUCCCGGCGCAUCUAUGGCCCCAUCUGGAAGUCGACCUUUGGACACUACCAGAAUAUCAACAUCGGGAGCCCAGUGGUGCUGGAGCAGCUGCUGCGGCAGGAGGGCAAGUACCCGAUGCGGAGCGACAUGGCCCUAUGGAAGGAGCACCGGGACACGCGACGCCUGCCCUAUGGACCCUUCACUGAGGAAGGGGAGCGCUGGUACCGCCUGCGGCAGGUCCUCAACAAGCGGCUGCUGAAGCCUUCGGAGGCGGUGCUGUACGCGGAUGCCAUCGGUGAGGUGGUGUCUGACCUGAUGGUGCGGCUGCGGGACGAGCGGAGCCGCAGCCCCUCAGGGGUGCUGGUGGGGGAUGUGGCCAAUCUGCUGUACCGCUUCGCCCUGGAAGGGAUCUCCUAUAUCCUUUUCGAGACCCGCAUUGGGUGCCUGAAGCAGCAGGUCCCUGCCGAGACCCAGCACUUCAUCGACUCCAUCAACCUCAUGUUCAAGAACUCUAUCUUUGCCACUGUCCUGCCCCGCUGGAGCCGCAAGGUGCUGCCCUUCUGGGACCGCUACCUGGACAGCUGGGACACCAUCUUUGCCUUUGGCAAGAGGCUGAUCGAUCGGAAGAUGAAGGAGCUGGAGGGGCACGUGGAGAAGGGCAAGGAGGUGUCUCAGGGCUACCUGAGCUACCUGCUGGCCAGUGGCCACCUCAGUCUGGACGAGGUGUAUGGCAGUGUGGCCGAGCUGCUGCUGGCUGGCGUGGACACGACCUCCAACACAUUGUGUUGGGCCCUCUACCACCUCUCCCGGGACUUGGGCAUCCAGGAGACCCUGUAUCAGGAGCUGAAAGCUGUUGUGCCCCCAGACCGGUUUCCUGGUGCUGAGGAUAUCCCCAAGAUGCCGAUGCUCCGGGCUGUUAUCAAGGAGACAUUGAGGGUGUACCCCGUGGUGCCCACCAACGCCAGGGUCUUCUAUGAGAAGGACAUCAUCAUCGGAGACUACCUCUUCCCCAAGAACACCCUCUUUGUCCUGGCGCACUAUGCCAUGUCCCAUGACGAGACCUACUUUCCCGAGCCAGAGCGGUUCCUGCCCCAGCGCUGGCUCCGGGGACACGGUUCCCCCCACCACCCCUUCAGCUCCAUCCCUUUUGGCUAUGGGGUCCGUGCCUGUGUUGGUCGCCGCAUUGCUGAGCUGGAGAUGCACCUGGCCCUCGCCAGGAUCAUCCAAGCCUUCGAGGUGCGGCCAGACCCCCGCGGUGUGGAGGUGACGUCUGUGUCCCGCAUCGUCCUGGUGGCUGACAAGCCCAUCAACCUGGAGUUCAUCGCUCGCCCGGGGGCCCCCUGAGCUCAGGGCAUCGUUGUGCCUUUCACAUGCCACCGGGAGUGCCCCAGUCUGCCCCAUGCCCAGGAACCAGAGGGCACAGGGAGGGGUUUGCAGCUAUUGGGUGGGUGUUCUUCGUCCCGUGAUUGUGUCGCUGCGUGUGGAGCUGUGCCUGGGGUCCUGCCUGAAUAACUGACCUUGGCCCCAGCCCCUUC